CCUGAUGCGUCUGCUAGCAAACUGGAAUUUUGUAUAACUGAAUUCAUUUGCAUAUAUUUAGCUGACCGGCUUUCAUGUUAAAAGAAAGAAUAUAAUUUUAUAUUCAAAAACAAAUAUCAAAAUGAAAGCCAUUACAUUUUCUUUGCUUUCAGGAAUUUUAGCGGCAACAGCGUCGCUUUGUGGAAAGUUUUCUAUGGCUGCUGAAAAAGCUUUGAUGUUCUGUGAGACUUUAAUGGAAAAUUUUCCUGGUGCUGAUAAAAAUAAAUAUGUGUAUACUUUUACUCCAGUCUGUCAAAAUGUUCUUACUGCUACAAGAAUAGGUUUCUUCCUAGCAAUGAUUGCUUGUAAUGCUUUGAUGUGGACUUGUUUUACAAAAGCUCUAAGACUGUCAGCAACAACAUUGGAAGCUACCAUAAUAAAUACAGCUGCUAAUUUUCUAUUUACAGCUGUUUAUGGACAAGUAUUUUUUGGAGAAACAGUGACUCGUCUUUGGUGGCUAGGAACUGCUCUGAUAAUGGCUGGGCUUUCGUUAAUGCAUAAAGCAGAAGAUGAUGCAAUUGAAGCACGACUGAUUGAAAAUGCAAAAAAGAAAAAGAAAUAAUUAUUCCCAAAUCAUUUAUUUAAAAUGUCACGUUGUUUUAUUUUUCUUCAUAGAUUUAUAUAUAAUUUAUGAUUCAUUGUAAAUGCCAUCCAAAUUGUUUCUUAGUUUUUAUAUUACCACUACUAUUUUCAUAUUUUGUAAAAACUCAGUUCUUAUUAUUUUUCAUUAAAAAUUUUUAUUUUGUAGUCAUUUCUCAUAAAUGUAUAUGAUUUGUAUUAUGAGCUCAUUCUUAAAAGUUUAUUCUGAACAAUCAAUCAUAUUUGUGUAGUCGCUCAUAAAAUUUUGUGUUGCUUAUUUCUUGCAUUACAAAAUUUUUGUUUUUUAUUUUUGCUCAUAAAUUUAUACAUAAUUUAUGAUUCAUUGUAAAUGCCAUCAAAAUUGAUUCCUUGUUUUUACAUCACCACUACUAUUUUCAAAUUUUGUAAAAACUCAGUUCUUAUUAUUUUUCAUCACAAAUUUUUAUUUUAUAGUCAUUUUUCAUAAAUGUAUAUGGUUUGUAUUAUGCACUCUUAUUUAAAAGUAUAUUUGAAACAAUAAAUCAUAUAUAUUUGUUUAGUCACUUAUGAAAUUUGGUGUUGCUUAUUUUUUGCAUUACCAAAUUUUUUGUGAAGGUAAAGAACCAUACAGAAAUUUAUAAUCCAAAUAUUUUUGAGCAUUAAUUAUUUAUCAUAAUGAUAAAUUUAUAGAAAUAGAAGUUAUUUUUUGAAUUUAUAUUAGUAGUAUUAAAUCUCUUAGUCAAAUUACAUGGUGCAUGCAGGGAGGGGGGAAUUAAACUUGUUGGGGUCCCUUGGUACUAAAAUUUUGGGACUGUAAAAACAUAUUAUUCAUACAUUAAUGCAUCUCUACUUGUUAAUAAUUGCAUUUUAAAACAAUAUAUUUUUCCAAUGUUGUAAAUCUUACAGUUGCAAUUACAUUGUAAAUCUUACAAUUAUAUUUGUACUAAUAAUGAUAAAUUAUUUAAUUUUUAUAAUUAGCUCUAUCAAAUUUUGUUAAUUGUGACACUUUCAAUUUGCCAGCUUUAUUUUUAUAUAUUAAAUAUUUGCACAUAAAUAUUGUCAAAUGCAGUUAAACAUUUCUUCAUGGAAGAAAAUGUAAUUAGUUUCUUUUAAGUAAAUUUAUUUUGGAUUUUAUCAAUGAAAAAUAACUGUAAUGCUUUGUACAUUAUUAGCUGCCAUCAAGCUCAAGCAGAAAAAUAAUUUAAUGCUAAAUGUUGAAAUAUGAUAAAGCAUAAAUCAUACAAUAAAUUAUGUUUAGAAGAUUCUUCUUUUUGGUCUGCUUUCAGAUCAGAACCCCUGAUGACUGCCUACUAAAUACUAUUUAUAUACCUAUCUGGUGUGAAACUGAAGCGAGUGUGUCAUAUUUGUUUCAAACAACAAUGAUAUCCUGUAGGAAAAUUCGUAAUAAUCACAAAGCAAAUAUGUUAAAUAUUGUAUGGAAAACAGUUAUCAAUAUUUCAUAGCUGUUUUACGAGUGUAAUUGUGUACAUAUCAGGUAUUUUAAUAAAUUUACCUUUAAACACAAGUAUAUAUAAUGUAUAAAGUAUCUAUUUCCUUUUUCUUUUUUGUAUAUUCACAAUAAAAUUUAUAAUAUGUGCAAGGAUAAAAACUUUAUAGAGAUAUAGUUGAUACCAAUACCUAGUUCAGUUAGGUAGAAUAUAUGUUUUCAGUUAGGUAGAAUAUGUUUUAACUUUGAGUCUAGAAGAAUGUUGGAACCAACCGCUAGAGGGCGGCUGGAAGAUACCUGAAUGAACAUAAGCAACACAGGCAAAACGAGUACAAUUCUGGAGAUAAGAUAGUGAGAUGCGCACAUUCUGAGUAAUAGAGCAAGAGUCCGAUAUUGGCCUGUGAAACCAUGUAUAAUACUGUCAGUUAUUUGCCAUUGAAUAGUAACUAUAAUUCUGGUAGUGUAAUGUUAUGUGUCCUAAUUACUAGAAAUUCUUAUUUACUUUUAUUAUGUGUAUGCCUUUGUGCUGUGUCCCAUUAACUUGUUAUCCUUAUCAUAAUAAACUUUUGGGGACUAA